AAGAGCGGGUGGAGCAAUUUGGUAACAGCGUACGUCUCUUUUUGAUGCAACCGAAUACGAAAUUGACGAUGUAUAAAACGCUGGCCGGGCAAAACCGAAAUCAGAGUCGCAUUUGUGAUAUCGAGACAUUAACAUGGCUUUCAAAUUCAUCGCUUUCGCCGCUUUGUUGGCUUAUGCCCAUGCUGGCGACCUCAUCGGAGCUCAUUUGGCUGCCUCCCCUCUGGCAUACGCUGCCCCAGUAGUCGCUAAAGUAGCUGCACCAGUAGCUGUAGCCAGAGCUGAACCCUACGACCCCAACCCACAAUACCAAUUCGGCUACGAUGUCCAAGACGCUUUGACUGGCGACUCCAAGAGCCAAGUUGAAUCUCGCAGCGGAGACGUUGUUCAAGGUCAAUACUCCUUGAACGAUGCUGAUGGUACCAGACGUAUUGUUGACUACACUGCUGACCCAAUCAACGGUUUCAACGCUGUCGUCCGCAAAGAACCUUUGGUAGCCAAAACCGUAGUUGCUGCCCCAGCUGUUGCUGCUGUACGUGCCGCCCCAGUUGUAGCUGCUGCUCCUUUGACUCGUUCAGCUCCUUUGCUCCAUUCAUCUCCUCUCUUGGCUCAACCAGCUCUCUCUGCUCCUUUGAUCCGUUCUGCUCCUCUUUUGGCUCAACCAGCUUACGCUACUUCCUUAAUCCGCUCUUCUCCUCUUCUCGCCCAACCUGCUUUGGCUAGCGCUCCCCUCCUCCGCUCUGGACCAUUGCUAGCCCAAUCUGCUCCUCUUAUUGCCCACUCAGCUUAUGCUGCCCCAGCCUACUAUCACUAAGUGAUAGUAUACGAAACAUGUAUAUAAAAUUGUAAUUUAUUGACUGAUUAAAUAUUCA